UUUGACUCAAAAUUAUUGAUCUGUUGCUGAAAUCUAUUUUUCGUGUUAAAUUAUUGUUUUGAACCAGAAAAAAACAUAGUAUAUUUUUAUGAAAAAUGGCUUUAAAAUCUCUUACAUCAAAAUUGUGUAGAAUAUCCCGAAUAAUACCAAGUAGAUUAUUUCACGACGAGUUCAGUUCACCAUCCCCGCUCAGCAAGAAGCCCAAUACACAGGAUUCCAGCAGCGUUCCAGCUGCCGGAUCGAUCGCUAAUAAAUAUCAGGUGUUCCGUGAUGUAGACGCAGCGGUGAUUUUGGAUGUGGAAGAAGAACGCCAAAUGCAUCGCCAGUUACAGGAUGAAAUUGAUGUUCAGGAGAAUAAGGAACAUAACACCUUACCCAAUAUUUACAACGGGAUCAACCUUCAACGUGGCAAAACUGGAGUUUAUGAUAUUGAAGACCUAAUAACUGUACUGCGAUUGAAUAAUGCGGAAGAUAUAUUUGUAUGUGCAGUCCCAAAAGAAAUUAAAUACGUAGACUUUAUGUGCAUCGUUACGGGUAUGAGCUUCCGGCACAUGCGUGGUAUUGCGGAGUUUGUAAGAAAGGUGUACAAAAUGAAAAAGGGCGCAUUGGACAUAAUACCAAAAAUCGAAGGCGAAAACAGCAGAGAAUGGAUGGCGCUGGACUUGGGUAACAUUGCUCUUCACAUAUUUACAGACACUGCCCGAGAGCAGUACGACUUAGAAUCACUGUGGGCUGUAGGGGCCAGAUAUGACCGAGAAUGUAACAAACCUGCUGAAGAGCUUGUAGAACUAUUUGAACGACAUUCAGUUUACUUAAAUGAUCUAAAACCACUGAGUAAAGAAAAUUUUGUUGAAAAAACCUAAAUAACUUUAUUAUAAUAGGAUUAACCAGUUACUUUGGCUAUUAAUUAAUAGAAUCUUUAUAAAAUAAAUUAAUAAAAAACAGUAAAACAA